AUGUUUUGGGGCGGCAACACUCGUUUCAAACGAAGCGAAGCGGAGUCGUUGGAACACGAUACCCUUCUUGACAGCUGCCCCACUCUGAGCUUCAUCUCAUACCGCUGCCUUGAUAUCCAGCCCCCUCCACGUGGAGAAUUUCGGGCGAUGAUGUUUCUCCAUUCUCUCAUUGAGGUUGUUGGGCCGACGGCGCUGGAGCGGUGUCGAUGUUAUUCAUUUGGGUGGGCAGAGCGUAUCACAACACUGGAGGCAACCGAUGGUAGAGCAUCUCAUAUCACUAAAGACACAAGGCCAUUCUCAUCUCAAUCAACGGUCAAGAAUCUCCAGGUGGCACUACUAGGAAGCGCAAGAUAUUUACCACACAGGAACUCUGACUAUUUUACUCCAGGUAGGAUUCAAAAACCUUCACGGAUAACUCGAGGUCCCUACCCCAACUCGCGGUUGGGCUUGAAAAGCACAGAGGACGGGGAAGAGCCACACCCGCAGAGGGGGGCUAAACCGGUUCAUAACUUCCAAGCUCAAAUGACCAGUCUCAAGAGUAUCAGCAACAGAGAAGGAGACGACUGCGCCCGCAGGGGGAGAUUCGAGCGCAUUAUAUCCAUAAUGAAGCCAAAAACAAGUCAAGAACAAGUCACUAGUCGUAUGAAUAUCAGCAGCAGAGAAAGGGACGGCUGCACCCUGAGAGAUGUCCGAACCUGUGGUAUCCGCAAGAAACUAGGAGUCAUUGGAGCCAAGGCUAGAUUUGGAGCUGAAAUACUACCAGGCAGAAUAAUCACAGCCACGUGCCCAAAAAUUUACCCAUCAGCAAAGCUAAAAGAUUUGAAAUAUAGACAAGGGAGUGAGGCUUCGGUCAGUCGCCACAACAACAAACGCAACAACACGCGUCCGCGUUCAACCCACCAGCACCCAGUCACCCCUUCAGCUAAGCCUUAA